AUGCCAAACGAGGUAUCUUUGAGAAUCCUGUCACAGUUGGAGCCAAAGGAUCUGAACGCAGUGCAGAUGACCAGUCAGACACUUCAUCGCUUCUGCCAAGAGAACACAAUAUGGAAGUCCAUCUGUAAACGAAAAUGGAGUCUAUCCCCUGUAUUCAAACGUCGAUGCCUCCCAAGCUGGAAGGAAUACUACUCAAGGAAGAUGUCCCUUUUGAAUAGUGUUAAUGGUCUUUGUUGGAUCGAGAUUAGUGCAUCCGGUGACAAACCAUCAGGUCGUUAUCAGCAUACUAGUACAUUGAUUGGACAAUAUAUUUAUUACAUUGGUGGCCAGAAGACGGCAGAAGAGAGAUUCGAUGAAAUAUAUAGGUUCGACACAGUCUCUCAUUCAUUCGAGAAGGUGGAGUUGAACAGUGGACCAAUGCCAAAGUUUGCCAGGCAUGCUGCUGUAGGCAUCGAUCACAACAUAUAUACCUUUGGUGGAUUCGAUGGAUUCAGCAAGCAUUAUAGCCUCUGCAUGUUUGAUACGAUUGAGCGAACAUGGAACUAUAUUGACUGCAGAGGAAACUUACCAAUUCCGAGGACCAAUCAUGCAGCCACAGCAAUGGACAGAUCAAUGUACAUCUUUGGAGGAAUGUACAAGAAUGAUGCCAAGGAAUUGGUGUUCCUCAAUGACUUGUAUCGAUUGGAUGUGGACACUUUGAUCUGGACCAGAUUGUUCCCAUCAGGCGAUAUCCCACCACCAAGAUGUGGCCACAGACUCAUUACUCUCGAGAACAAGUUGUUGCUGUUUGGAGGUGGCUCGGGACCCAACUGGGGUCGCAAGUUCAAUGACGUGCAUAUCUACGACCCUCUUAUGAACCAUUGGACAAAGGUGGUGGUCAAGGGCAGGGUAUCAGUGUGUACGUUUAGCACUUGCUUCAACGUCGGUCCAUUCUUCUUUGUUUAUGGCGGCCAGAGUUUCCAUGACGACACUCUAUCAAAUGACCUAUACAUGCUGGACACAGUCAGCAUGGAGUGGACCCGGAUUGAGACUAUUUGCGCACCAUACCCACGAGACAUGGCCACUGGCAACAUGGUUGGCUCCAACAUGUACAUGUUUGGAGGCUUACGCAUGGAUGCCGAAAACACCAUCCUGUACCUUCAGAUGCAGGACAAGAUCGAGUCGUUGGGAAUCAAAUAUCCAAGUAUGAGUCCACUCUCUUGA